CCGCCAACUUCAGUAUCAUCCACAACUCGUGAGCACGCGCACGCGCAUUAAACAAAUUUCCAAAAUGUAUUGUGACUGGCCCCAGUUAGGACGGUGUUGUUUUUGUUUACCUCUAAGGAGAGGUGUUUUGACCUUUGGAUACAUCAAUCUUUUAUUCAGUGCAUUCUUGGUGGGUGUGUACAGUUACUCAGUACACCACGAUGUGAACUCCAUCUCCAUGUACCACGGCAUGUCGUUUUCGCUGCCAGCCGAGCUCUGCGUCGCCAUCUACUGCCUGGAAGUUAUCUUUAAUGCCGUCCUCAUAUAUGGUACCCAUAAGAGAUCAACACCUCACAUACGAGUAUUUUACUAUUUUGCGAUAGCAACUACUAUCGCCCCCAUGCUGAUGACGAUACUAGACUAUACAAACUACAGUCACAUCGGAUUGGUUCUGGAGAUGGCUUUACUAUCGUUGUCGUCGCUUUUCCUAAAUCUGUACCUGAUCACGUUAGUAAGAAGUCUUCUUCGGAAGUUGGAUAUGGAAGGGCCGAACUUGUACGACAACCCUCUUCACCAGAUAGUGACGGGGGAGGCCAAAGUAGAACACAAUGGCAUCUACAACAACACCACGGUUGAGCCUGUAGAUGUUUAGACUCAAACACAAGGUUCCUGUCUGUACCUGAAAUCUGUUGAUAAGCCAAACAAAAAGAGCCUGACCCUUAUCAUAGUAAACAGCUAAUGUAGAUAGUACUAAUUUUAUUACCAUUUGUUCUAGAAAAUAGAUGGACGUGACUUUUGUCUGUGUAUAUGUACAUACAUGUGAUAACUAGCAUUGGUUUAAAAGUUGUGAAACAGAUCCUAAGCCUGUCAAUAAACAUACCAAAUCCUAUUUUUAACUGUGGCAAAUUCGUGUAAACCAGAAUUCCGCUUAUGUCAAGUAUAAGGAGCAAAAGACCCAUAUAAAGAAUCUUUUAGUAAUACUAGUAAUUUUUAUCUUAAAACCAAAUAAUAAAGCCCUAGAGACAAGAAACUGAUAUGAUAAGUUUUAUGUUCAGACCUUCAGACAUCUUAUUAGAAGUCACUGUAUACGAUGUGGUUAGACCCAAACACUUAGUAAAAUCUUAUUCAACUAUGUAACUAUUAUAGCCUGACCAGUAAAAUAAAAAACUGCUUUGGGGCCGCGACUUUAGCAUUUUCGUUUUGAAGUUAGUUUUAAUUCGUAACAUUGUCAGUACGAAAAAUUUGUUCCAUAUUUUGAAACAUGGCGAAGACUUUCUCAAUCAGGCUAUUUUUGUGUUAAUUUUUGUUGAUACAGUGAAAAUGGACCGUGAACCAUGAACUUUAAUGUUUCCAUUAGAAAGUUAAAAUACCUUAGUACGGGACCA